AUGACUAAAAAUAAGGAGCGACUGUUCAAUACACAUAAAGAUGAAGUUAUUAUAAAUUAUAUGAAAGCGAAUUCAAAUGAAAAAUUUCCUUUUGCGAAAUUAAGUAAGCUGUUUUUAAAGGAACAUGUUAUUUUAAAAGCAAAACAGAUAGCUCAUCGUUGGUGGAACAAACUUGAUCAUCGUCUCAGCAAAGUACGUAUCUCAGAUAAAGAGAAGUCUUAUAUUAAAUCAUGGGUCGAGUCACAUCAAAAGGCACGUCCAAUCAUUCAAUGGAACGAAUUACAAUCGGAAAUGAAAACCAAAUUUGGCAAAUUCCAUUCGCGCAAUGAUCUUAAAAAUGUUUGGUAUUCUUACAAAAGAUAUUUAUCUAGGGGAAAUAAUAAGAAUAAUAUCGAUAAUUCUAAAGCUAAACUUUCUUACAUUUUAAAUGACGACGACAUUUACAAGUACCCUUCUUAA